UUCCAGAGUUCAAGAAGCAUCUGGACAGUGCUCUCAGAAUCAUAGAAUAGCUUGGGCUGAAAGAGACCUUAAAGAUCCUCUACUUUCAACUCCCAGAAACAAUGGUUUGAUCAUGGAUGGCCCUGUGUGGAGCCAGGAGUUGAACUUAAUAACCCUUGUGUGUCCCUUCCAAAUAGGCUAUUCUGUGACACUAUCCUCUUCAACUUUCCUUGGACACUGAGAUGCUCUCCAUGAAGAAGCUGGAUAUGUAAACCCGUCCUCUCCAACACAUCAGGCAUGCAGUGAUUCCUUCAAGAGUGAGGCAGAAGCAGCCACACUCAGGACAUGAUGGGAUACAGAAAAUGGGUUAAGGAGAAAGUUUCGGGGUCAUCAUGGAGAAAGGGAGGUGGAGGCUGCGUGCCUGAGCUCUGCAGGCUGUAUGAAGGGUGUGUGGAGAUGUCAGACAAAUGAGUUAAUACAUCAGAGCCUGCCUCUGACAGUUUUGUUAAUUCAAGUAACAUGAAAGAGGAACAGUUUCUGUGUGACUGGAACACAGCACUGAGUUUGACUGUGGCACCAAAUCCAGAGCCAGCCCAAGAGCCAGGAAGAAUCACAUUGUUCAAAGACAGCUUCUUCUUCAGGAAGUUCAAGUCUACUAUAAUCAUGCUCAGUGGGCCCUGGACUCCAUGUGAAGUAGUUGCAUGUUCUCAGAAAGACUGCCAUCUGAAAAUCUGGCUGCUUUUAUUCCCCUGCUGGGAAAAUUUUUGCACAAAUAGACUUGCUUAAUUAUCCCCAAAAGAGAGGAGUUUUUAGCUUUUAGCUUUGUUUGAAUAAAGGGAGAGUCUACAAGGGGCAUUUCCCCUGUAGAGGCUUUCAAAGUAUCGGGGGACACAGCCCCUCUUUUAUCCCUGUACCCUGACUCUUGUGAGCCCUUUCCCCAUUGGCUAAGGUAUCUGAAUACCUCAGGUUCACAUUCUUCUCAGCACACCUCAAACACGCCCCCCUCCCCCUACCCUCACCCCAUAGGUAUCCCCCUUUAUUUCCUUUGUUUAUACAUACUUUGUAAUUUGGAUUCAGACUUUGUUGUUUUGCCCAACUAGAGCUAUCUUUGUAUCCUGUUUGACAAAGUCCAUCAAUCUUUGUGCUGUCAAACAAGCAAGAUUUACACACAAGUGCUAAGCCAGGAUCUCCAGCCACAUACCUGCAAAUAAGUUUGUUUAAUCAGCUGUUGUUCUCAAAUCUUCUUUCAUCUCACCCCACAGCUGUGCCAAUACUCAGCGGUGUUCUGUGCGUUCCUUACCUCUUCAUUAGCAAUUCCAAAGAGAUUUUUCAGCUUUCUCACUGCAAGGAGGAAUGGUGUUGAUGUUUCAGAACACUGUUCUUGUUGACAAUAAUAGCUUUCUGCUGAGCUGUAAUAGCUUGUUGACAGCCUUUUGACGUGUACAUUGCCGAAGUAGUAACCUAGGACAAACUAUUUUGCACUUGUUAUCAUUAGAUCUCAUAUACCAUUUUAGCGUCUAUUGUAACUUAAUGCAUUCAUUUCUUAAUUUUCACUCUGAUGAAUAUCUGAUGUCAUUAUACUCAUAGAAUAUCCUGAGUUGGAAGUGACCCACAAGGAUAAUUGAGUCAAACUCCUGGCUCCACACAGGACUAGCCAAAAUUCAAACCCUAUGCCUGACAGCAUUAUCCAGAUACUUCUUAAAAUCUGGCAGGUUGGGGCCAUGACCACUGCCUGCCAUGGGGAACCUGUUCCAUGCCCACCAUCCCCUUGCAAAGAACCUUUUACCUAAUAUCCAGUCUGGUUAUUUUUCACUGUCUUUGCUAUAAACACUAUACUCUCUUAUAUAUAUGUCAUUUGCAGCAUCUGGACACCAUCUGAUCUUCAUGAUACGUUGCUACACUUCAAAAAGAACCUUUCAUAAAUAGUCUGUGCUUGUGCCAAUCUAAACGGAUAUGUCCAUAUAAUGUGGAGAAAGUCCAACCGUAGCUCAGCCCUGCAUGUGUUGCUGCCCAAUUGACACGCUGACCAGCCACAGAGUUCAUUGAACUUCACAUUCUUCUCCCACACCUUGCAUUAACAUGGUUGGUGGGGAUUUCUUGAUGUGCACUGUGUGCUAUGCUACGUCCUGUAUGAGCUUUGUUAACACAUAAAGUUUUGAUUUCAAUCAGUCAGCACAAAUAUUAACCUUUCUUUGCCGUCCCAAUUGGCAUUGGUUGUAAGAAUCUGCAUUCAGUGGCACUUUUUCAAUCAGAGUUAGUUAUAAGUGUUCCAGUUGUAGACAAAGCCUGUGCCAGCUAACGCAGUAAGAUGCUUGAUGGAAGGGGGAAGGGGAUGGAGGCAGGGAAUAGGAGAAAAUAGAGGGGUUGGCAGAGGUGAAGCUAUACUGUUAGCUGAAUCAGGGCAAUUGGUAUAAAUGAAAAGGUCUGUAGAAAUAAUUGGAGUACUCUUGUUUCCAGUGCAAAGCAAGUAAGCAAGAAGCUAAAGGAUAUCACCACCUUUUCAGGCAAGUGUACUUCCCUGUGUUAUUCUCUAAGUAGAUGUGUAUUUGUGCGGCAAUAACACAGAGAAUUGCUAUGAGCAGUAAGUUGGCAUAGGAGAGAACCCUCACUGCAGAAGGACUAGUCAUAGACUGCAAGGCUAUAAAAAUUAAUGAGAAAAACAUUAUACAAUAAGUCUUAUUCACUAUUUUACAUUAUCUAUUCCAUUUGCUUAAAAAUGUAGGAUAAGAAUAAUCCUCCUUUUCAAAGGAACUAAAAUUUGUGUCCACAGAAGAAAUGUUUAAGAUUUUUUUUUUUCAUGCAGGCUGUGUGCUUUAUUAUUGCUCAAAGCUGAUUUCUGUGCUGUUACUGUAAAUUUGGGGGAAAUGUUAAAUACAACAUAAUCAGGAGGGCCAGACCAAUAAUAAUUUAGAAAGCAUUAAUGAAGAAAAUGCUUUAUGUUCCAGUAUGGAGCCUCUACAGAACAAAAGCAAAGGACUGAAGCCAACUUGACAGCAUGAAGAGGAGGCAAAUGCCUGACUGACAGUAGCACAGAAAAAAAACAGUUUGUUGUCUAAACUAAGAAACAUGAUAAAUUCAAUCUUAGAUUUCAGAGUGAAAGUAAUUGUGCAUUCUUGAAAAUAGGAUUGCAAACUUGCUUUCUAGGCUAUUGUCUGCUAAUACUGCUCUGGCAGGAGCAAAAAAACUUCUUUAGUUAGAGGCCCUGAGUAAAGAAUGUAAUACUCAGCUUGUCUCUUCCAGCAGAGAAUAACAUGCCUGCAAAAUGUCUGUGGCCAAAAUGUUUCUUGAUACAUUAGGAUGUACGUAACCACAAACUUGCAGGCAUCUGAAAUUGUGCAAUCACUCCACUGAAACUGAAAGAGCUUUCAUGGAAAUUUUCUUCAUAGAUAAAAUAACUUGGAGGCUGUUCAUAAUACUUUAAUAAAUAAAUAAAUAACCAACAACAACACAGCCGUUUCUAUGUAAACAUUAACAGUAGACCUGUCUCAAUCUAUCACGGAAAGCAUUUUUUAACAAGAUGUUACUUUAAAAGGAAGAAAUGGGAGGAGCACUGGCUUACGAUUGAAAGGUUUGGGAUGUUUGUAUUUUUCCUUUGGGUCUUUGUGGCUUACAGAAUGGAACACGCAACACGAUGCAACGCUCCUGCUUGUUUUCCAGUUGGAAUACUGAGGCUGACUGGAGGAAUAUCUGUGUUUGAAUGCAGUUAUUUCCCAUCUGGAUUCUGAUUAAGUCCUGUUACGUGGUGCUUCAACUCAGUCCAGAGACUGAAGACUGUAAACGUGCUGCAUCAGUUCCUCCUAAAUGCCCUUUGGCACUCGACAAAUUUAUGCCUUACUACUGGUCUUGUUGUUCAUGGGGAAACAGAAAUUCCAGAUAUUGUGCUGUGCAUCGUGCUGAUCUUUGUCCAAAGUACUUCAAAGGGAGGACAAUAUAUUGUUUCAGAAGACACAGAUAAAUACACUGGGUAUUACUGUUUGAAGAUGCCAACAUCCUGGCAAAUAUGCUGCAAGAAAAAAUCCAAACCUAAGAAUGGAAAUGCUGAAAUGGAUGAUAUGGCAGAUACAAGUGAAAAAAUGCAGAUGAAAAAAGAAAUUACAUUAUUAAAUGGAGUUUCUUUAAUUGUAGGAAAUAUGAUUGGUUCUGGGAUAUUUGUGUCUCCCAGAGGUGUUUUAAUGUACAGUACUUCCUACGGACUCUCUCUUAUCAUCUGGGCUCUUGGCGGAAUGUUUUCACUGUUUGGAGCUUUAUGUUAUGCUGAGUUGGGAACAUCCAUUGUCAAAUCUGGAGCUAGUUAUGCCUACAUCCUGGAAGCGUUUGGUGCCUUUGUGGCCUUCAUUAGACUGUGGUCUUCUUUGCUAAUUAUUGAACCAACAACUCAGGCAGUGAUAGCAAUCACAUUUGCUAACUAUAUUGUUCAGCCAAUUUUUCCUCAUUGUGAGCCACCGUACGAUGCAGUCAGAUUGAUUGCAGCUGCUUGUAUUUGUUCCUUAACGUUUGUUAAUUGUGUUAAUGUGAAAUGGGGAACUCGUGUGCAAGAUAUUUUCACAUACGCAAAACUUAUGGCCCUUGUUGUGGUGAUAUCUGUUGGCCUUUACAAAAUUGGUAAAGGAGAAACAGAAAAUCUCAGAGCUCCCUUUGAGGGCUCAGCAACAGACCCGGGAAUGAUUGCACUGGCUCUGUACUCAGCCCUCUUUUCCUAUGCGGGGUGGGACACCCUGAAUUACGUCACCGAGGAGAUGAAGAACCCUGAGAGGAAUUUACCUCUUUCUAUUGCAAUUUCCAUGCCUAUUGUGACUAUUAUUUACUUGCUGACUAAUAUAGCAUACUACGUAGUGCUGGAUAUGUCAGCACUUCUCACAAGUGAUGCAGUGGCUGUGACGUUUGGGACUGAAACGCUUAGUUAUGCUAAGUGGAUAAUUCCUAUAGCUGUGGCCAUGUCUUGCUACAGUGGGUUAAACUCAUCAAUAAUUGCAGCAUCUAGGCUUUUCUAUGUUGGAGCCAGAGAAGGACACCUCCCUGACAGUCUGAGCUUGAUUCAUAUGAAGUGUUUCACACCAGUCCCUGCUCUUCUCUUUAAUGGUUUAAUGACUUUGCUUUAUCUCCUUGUGGAAGAUGUUUUCCUCCUCAUUAAUUACUACUGCUUCAACUACUGGCUCUUCGUGGGCCUGUCUAUUGCAGGACUAAUAUAUUUGAGAUAUACUCAGCCACGUAGACCACGUCCUAUUAAACUUAAUCUCUUCUUCCCUAUCAUAUACUGUUUAUGUUCCCUUUUCCUGGUCAUAGUUCCUCUCUACAGUGACACAAUCAAUUCCCUUAUUGGCAUUGGUAUUGCCCUCUCAGGCAUUCCUGCAUAUUAUGUAGGAGUCUAUCUGCCAGUUGAAAAAAGACCUAAAUGGCUACAAUGGCUCUCUGUCACAACAACCAAACACAUUCAGCUGCUCUUCUACUGUGCUCUGUCAGACCUGGACAUAGACAUGGAACCUACAAAAGCUAAAAGCAAAUAGGAUUGCCUUGACAUUGGGAAUUGCACUUGACACAUCUGUCUGGAACAAUUUUUAUUGAAGUUCUCUCCAUAUCCUCAGAUACAUAAAAGCAUCAGCCACUGUAUUCUGCACCAAUUUGAUGUCUGAUAAUUUCUGCUUGUUUCAUAAACCACUUGCCAGCCUUUGUUUUACAGGAUUUUUUUUAACUGUUUGUUAACGGUUAUCGAACAGCACUUUGAAACUAUAAAGCAUGGUAUGAACAAAUACUUAUCAGUAGGUAAUUAUUAGGUUCAUUGCAAAAGCUUAAUAAAAAAAAAAAAUUAAUUCCAUCAGAAUCCUAAGAAAUAAAUUGAUUAAUGUAACAAAAAUCAGAUCAGAUAUCUGCAAGAUUCGAAACCUGAGCUGGGAAGCAGAAGCCACAGUGUACUUCUAAAAAUAUUCCUAAAUUCUUAGCCAAAUAAAAAAUAGAUAGUCUGUACUGGAUAGGAUACAGUUGGCAAUUGGUUUUGAUCAAUUAUAUUUUGUGAGAAAUUCUUAUUUGGUUAUAGGCCACAUUCAUUACCCUUUUGUAGAAGAAGUAUCUUCAACAAACAAAUAACACUCUUUUAACUGACUUAUUUUUGCUUUUUGGCAGAGCAUCUCACUGUGGAGCACUGUAAGGGACUGAGACAUGCUUCAAUUCACUAUAUUCAGAGAAAACACAUUUCCAUAGCAUCCACUGCUUGCCUUUCAGUAUCAAAAGCGUGGCCCAAUGAAUCGUACUAAUUUUUUUGCACAGUAGAACUUAUUUAAGGAUUUUUUAAGGAAAAAUUUAAAAAAUCUUGAUUAAAAAUCCUGUGAGCCACUGCCCAACCCUGCAGGCUGGUCUUUGACAGAAUGGUUGAGGUUGGAAGGGACCUCUGGAGGACGUCUGGUCCAAACACAGCAAUCUGCAGCCCUGCUUUUCAGCAGAGAGCCUCCUGCAUUGGCUGCCAGGCCUUCACAUCUUGCAGGUGCCCACUGCAGCACUAGACAAGUGCACCCACCAGUGAUUGAAUAAAUGGGCAGUGAAGAACAUGACAUUUUUCAGUGUGGCACACAGUAAUGUGUAACCAGUCCUAAUUCUUAGCUGCUUCAAGUGGAAAAGACAAUAAUUGUCAUAGGAAAGAAAAAAACAAUCAACAUUACCAACCAGAUUAUGAAAACAGUUCCAUUUCUAAUCUGCUUCAUAAAUAUGUAGCACUUUUUGUUAUCCUUCUUGUCAAUUCAUGCUUCCUUUCUGUAAUUAUAUUUGAAUGCAGCACAUAAUUUUUAAUUCAAAUUCCACUCAAGUAACCCCAAGUAAGUUAUUUUUUUUUAAAUCUUAUUAGGUCCCUGUGGCUUCUACUAUUAUUGUCUUUUAUUUGUGUCUAUCCAGACAAAGAGAAAUGGAAUAGGAAAGAAGGCAGUUGUUGCCACUGUGACCUUUUUUUCAUUCCCUCCCUACAGUGUAAGGUCAUUUACAAUAUGAUAAGCUCACGUACCUCUAGC